AUGCUACUUUCGGCGCCCCGUAAACAGAGCAAGAAAGGAAACAAUACAGGCUUACUUUCCCAGAUCACGGUUCCCUUCCCAGAAACUCGUCACAAGAAUGCCGCGUUGCGACUCGAGUUCUUCAACCACCAAACCGAACACAGCCAAGGUACAACGAAGCUGGGGUUGACCGCCUGGCAUGUUAUUGGCUUCGUCCCUCCAGGUCCUGUAAGGUUAGUGUCAUCCCCGCCGGAAUCAGCCACUCACAGGCCAAGUUGUCACGGGCUCUCAGCGGCACGAUCCCCAUUCUUGGUGGAGACUCUGGAGAGCCCCGAGAAGCGUGAACCUGUCCACCCGCAGCUUUCCCCAAGUUAUCCACCGCUUCGGGUGCUGGGUGCCUCGGAACUCCACUGCCCGCCGGCAUUCACAUGUCGUAAUGCGAUCACGAGCCAGCGCCUGCUCCCCAAACUCGCCGCUUCUCCAACAACAAACGACUCAGCCUGCUAA